AUGUCAAUAAGCCUGCGAGACGGAUGGGAAGAAGCUGUGGAUCCAUCAACGAACCGCGCCUUCUACUUCAACCGUGCAAGUAACGAAACAUCGUGGGUGAGACCUGCAGCGAAUGAAGAUGCAUUGUGGAAGGCCCGCGCUCGAGUGGUUCUGACCAAGGAGGCGGCGGUAGUGCUGAUCCAGAAGAUGUGGCGCGCCAGAACUUCUCGACAGUACAUGCAAUCGCUGAUGCAGUCCCUUUACAAGCGAAUUUACGAUCCCAGUACUCAAGAGUACUUUUACUACAACGCCCAAACUGGCCAGUCGUCGUGGAUGACACCAAGAGGCCUCAAAACCAAACCUCAAACGUCACCCAAUGUUGGAGAUGAAAGCGAUAUGCUGCCGCCGGGGUGGCAAGCCACCUUUGACAACGUCACGCAGCGAGUCUACUAUGUGAACGAAAGCACUGGGGAGUCCUCCUGGACAAUGCCGCUGAUGCCAUCCCACAUGUCUGACGAAUUGGACGAGUUCAGCCAUACGUUCCAAGACCACGCGUCGGCCAUCCUCAUCCAAGCAGCAUGGAGAGGGGUCUUGGCCAGGAAUCACUUUCGUGGCAUGUUGGAAGCUGUCGACGGCAGUCCCAUCUUUAUUCACAAAGAGACACAAAAGAGAACGCGAGCACUGCUACCAUUCGACCCUCUCCAUCGCCGAAGAGUGGAUAGCUCUGGCGGCAUCUCUAGCGAACGAUCGCUGAACUUGAGCAAGCGGCGACUUCCGCGGUCCAAAGCACAAAUCAUCGUGGAUGCUGCGGAAGACUCGGAGUUGGACGACAUUCCAGUGCUGGAGGUGAACUUGAGUCGCCUGAACGCCGUGGUGAUUUCUGGGCGUGUGUGGAACUUGGAGCACCUCGAAACUCUCAACCUUAGCGGCAAUCAACUGGGGCGUAUUCCAUCUGCCAUCCAAGACCUCACGGCGCUCGUCCACCUGGACGUGAGCCACAAUCACCUGACUUCGCUGCCAGUGGGGUUGCAAACCACAGCGACGCUUCGGCACUUAGACGCCUCGCACAACUAUAUCCGGUCGUUCUCUCCAAAGCUAUGGAAACUGCGCGGGCUAACGUCGCUGGACUUGAGCUACAACGUGAUGACGGACUUGCCGUUCAUCGAAGGCGACCUGCGCUUGCUCAAAGAAACCAGCGCGUGGCAAGUCAGCAUUGGCCUGCUCACUGCCUUGACAGCACUAAAUUUGUCCCACAACCAACUCACCAAGUGCCCCGCUCUUAUUGACAACUGCACAGCGCUCGCAACGGUGGACUUGAGCUACAACAGCAUGCCAGCGCUCGAAAGUGAAUUCGGCAACCUCCGCGCCUUGGAAGUGUGCUUGCUCCAGCACAACGCCCUUUCGGAACUGCCGGACAGUUUGGGUCGGCUGUCGAGUCUCCGCACUCUCGACAUCAGCUACAACCAACUGCAAUGCCUUCCUCCAAGUAUUGGAAGUUGCGCUGCAUUAAUACGCUUGGACGGGUCGUACAAUCAACUGACAGAGAUCCCGUCGGGAAUCAAAUCCCUCACGAGUUUGAUUUCGUUCGACUUGAGCCACAACCCAUCGCUGGAGUUUCCGAAUGUCCUUCCCUUUCUCGAGCGGCUUGAGACGGUGGCCCUCGAUCACUGCGGUUUGCCUGAUGUCCCAACGAACGCAUUUGCAUACUCCGCCGACAUGCCCCUGCACACUGUCCGUCUAUCUUCGAACGGAAUUACUCAAGUUCCUCUGGACGUGGAGCUACUUCGCAACUCCCUCAAGCUGCUGCAUCUGGGACGCAAUGCCAUCUCAAGCAUCCCCACUCGCUUGUACGAGUGCACGCAGCUGGUGGAGCUGCAUCUAUCGCACAACCUAGUGGUCACCUUGCCGCCUGGGCUAGCCAACUUGAACCGCUUGGAGGUUCUAGACGUCUCGUACAACCAACUAACCGUCGUGCCUGACGAUCUCGUCCGGCUAUACCACCUGCGAAUCCUCAACUUGGCGUACAACAAGCUGCACCAACUCCCCGGCCGCCUUGGUUUUUUACAGCGUUUGGAACACUUGGACCUGUCCCAUAAUGCGCUGCGGUGGCUGCCUACCACGUGCCACCACCUCGUCCGCGUCAAGUUCGUCUCUGCCGCGUUCAACCAACUGGAGCGCCGUCCGCCUUUCUUUUACGACGGUUCUGUGUAUGUGGACUGGAGCAACAACCCAUUCAAAGCCAGCGAAGUGACCUCAAGACCUCUGCUAGACUUGGUCGCAAAGGCCAAACACGAUUUAGCUCAGCGCAACUACACCACCGCUGCGGCGUUGUUUAGCAACUUGCUAGAGCAGAUAGCCAGCUUUCCAGGAGUGCCGAAAGAAGUCGAGCCGAUUCGAGCUCAAGCCACGUUUUAUCGAGGCAUAUGCCGGUACCAGCAGAUUUGCCAAGCCUUGGCAGCCAUAGAGUCGUUGAGUGAUGAAAGUUCGCUUUUGGAGAAAACAAUCCAUGAACAACGCUUGGUGGAACCGUGGGGGGUGAAAAUCCUCUCAAACGACCAAGUCUUUGUAGCCCAAACUCGAUUGAAUGAGUUGGUGCAGCAGAAAAUUACGUGGCGCACGGCCGUGACAGAAUGGCAAGUUGAAGCUACUGACGAUUUGAACCAGUCGAUCCGGUUCAAAGUCGAGGCGACCACUGCUGCGUUCACAUUGGGCAGUCUGUUUGUCAAGACUUUCCAGGUGCUAUUAUUAAUAACUCUAUUUUCUUGUGAUCUAAUAAUGGGUAAAGUAGCUGCCAGAGGCCAUCGAAAUGCUCACUAACGCGCUCACGUACUUUACUAACGGCCUCACGCCGGGCGCGGUGCCGAUUCUGCUUCAAAGGGGGGACGCCUGGGAGCAGUUGGGGCAGCCGCAGCUGGCUAAAGACGACUACAAGGUCGUGCUGGGUGUGAUCCCAUUUCACGAAGCCGCGACCGAGAGAUUGGCGGCACUGGAAACCCAUCAAGCCAAGUACCAUGUUGGCUUUGACACGGACAGCUACAAGCGCGCGUUCGCGAUCGAGCCGAGUGGCAUCUGCCGCCGCCGCAACGAUCCCAUGAUAUCGCUCGCCCUGCUGAACGAGAUUGAUUCACCUGCAGAGUUUGGAGAAGCAUGUGAUAGCUUGCGAGAUGCGAGGCAGCGGGCCGUGUACUUGGAGAUGAUGAAGAAGAAGGAGGCCAAGGUUGCCCGUCAGGAGCGUGUCGCGCAAGUCAAGCAACGCAUGCGCGAGAUCCAAGAAUGUCGAGCCAUGGAGAAGGAAGAGGAAGAUCAGCUCGAACGAGAAGCAGAGAUCGAGUUUGCGAGGCGGCAAAAGGCGCUGGAGCUCCAGCGGGAGGAGAACGAGCGGCAGUGGAUGCAAUAUGAAGAAGCGGCGCAGCGGUGGGUGGAGAGUGAGCGUGAGCGCAUCCGUUUGGAAGAACUCGAAGCGCUAGAGGAAGCAAGGAGGAAGGAAGAGGCCAAGGCCGAGUACAAGAAGCGGCUGGCUCGACGAGGCGGCCUUCGCCAAGGUGGGCGGACACGCGGUGGCAAGCGGUAGCAUGAUUUCAUCCCAAAUCAUCCGGAUAAUACAGUAAUUACCGGAUACUAAGC